UUUGAUUUGGAAUAUUUUCACCUCACAUAGCAGAGUGGUGGCAUGGCUCUCGUUUCUCCGGCUACACCCACUGGGCUGGUAUUUAAGCCACUCUCUCCUCCCAGGUCUUCAUCAGUUUACUGCAGAGAGAAACACAAGAGUGAGCCUCACACCCCCUUUGGAACCGCAACUACUGAGUGAAGUGUCGCCUGCAGAGCAACAUGUCUGUGGAAACUUCAGCCACGUUCCUCUUCCUCCUGUUUGUUGUCCCAUUGACAGUGGCACACGACUGCUCCCAGUCCUGCGCUUGCCCCUCAGAACCUCAGCGCUGCCCGUUGGGGACCAGCCUGGUCCUGGACGGCUGUGGCUGCUGUAAAGUGUGUGCCAAGCAGCUUGGGGAUCCCUGCUCCCUGCACGAGCCCUGCGACCACCACAAGGAGCUGUACUGUGACUACUCUCUGCUGAGUGACACUGAGACUGGCAUCUGCAUGGCUCAGGAAGGCCAAACAUGUGACCUGGGCGGUGUCAUCUACCGCAGUGGGGAGUCAUUUCAGCCCAGCUGUAAACAUCAGUGUGUGUGUAUCAAUGGAGAGAUUGGAUGUGUGCCCAUGUGUGCCAGUGACGUCCGGCUGCCCUCCCCCGACUGCCCGUACCCACGCCCCAUUCAGAUCCCAGGGAAAUGCUGCGAGGAGUGGGUGUGUGACCAGACGCCUCCGGACCACCUCUACCAGUCUGUGGUUGCCGGGGCGUCUCAGAUUCACCCUUUGCCCUCUUCAUAUCCUAUCUCAGUCUCCAGACACGCCAUUCCUCACGAGCCGCCGGCCGAGAGUCCCAGAGAUAACUGCAUCGUCCAGACCACCGAGUGGAGCGAGUGCUCGGCCACCUGCGGCAUGGCCGUCUCGUCUCGCAUUACCAACGACAACCAGGGCUGCCAGCUGGAGAGGCAGACCAGGAUCUGCAUGAUCCGACCCUGCAACAACCAACUAGAGAAAGAAAUCAAGAAGGGGAGGAAAUGUAUCCGCACCCCAAAGGCCCAGCGAGUGAUGCGCUUCGAGCUCUCGGGCUGCUCCAGCGCCCGGCUGUACAGACCAAAGUUCUGCGGCGUCUGCACGGACAACCGCUGCUGCACACCGCACACCACCGUCACGGCCGAGGUGGAGUUCCGCUGUCCAGAGGGCGAUUUCUUCACGAAGAAGAUGAUGUUCAUCAAGUCCUGCUCCUGCCACUACGACUGUCCUCAAGAGAACGACAUCUUCUUGGCGUCCACCGUCCGGAGGAUGAUCGGGGACUACGAUAACAUGUGACGGGAGCGCUGUGCGCGCACACUUUGACACUUUUACAUCAGGAAAGCACCGCUUGAACAACCGACCCCGUCCUUUUAAAUGUGCACUCUCCUCACGGUAACAUAGCCCUGCAACAAUGGAUCCCCCCCUUUUUUUUUUUAAUUUUCUAACUGAAUUUGUUUGUUGUUUUUAUUUUUAUAUAAGGAAAGGUGAUCAGACUAGACCUUUCUCUGAACCACUGAGAGGGGAUUCAACUUGAAGAUGGACUUUUAAAACAAAGCCAUGUUUGAUUUUGUAGGGUAUCGACAAUGUCCACGAUGUCACCAGCACAGAACUGUACAAGCAAAAUCAACUGUCCUUGCUUCUGCUCGCUCUCACUUAAUCCUGCCAAGUUAAGCGAUGAGGAAGGAAACAGGAAAUAGAGUAUUUCACUUUCUUUGGUAUAGUCUUUGUUUUGUGGAUGUUAAGACACAGACUGAUGACACGCUAUAGACGAAAUAUGUGGAAACAUUUGAAGUCUAUCAAGCAAAAUACAAACUGAGCAUAGGGCAGCUCUGGUACUCAGGGUAACAACAUUGCAUUACCGCUAAAAUAUUCCGUAUUAUCGUUUCCAGAGACUGAAAAGAAUAAUUCCCCAUGCUCAAAGAUUAACACAUGUCUAUGUUUAAUGACAACAGACCUGGAUACGGUGCAGCUGUGUGGUGUAUGGUAUUCUGUUUCAUAGGAUUUGGUAUGUUGACUAAGUAGGCACGGCUGCAGUUAUAGAUUCUCACAAAAUGAAGAGUCAAGAGUCUGUUUUUAAAGAUAUUUUUCUUCUUUCUAAAGGUUUUUUCACUUUCUGGAGAAAGUAGACAUGACCAGCACUGACCAUUAUUUAUGUUGAAACGCUAAGGUUGUGUAGUUGUUAUGUAGGAACACAUCGACGGCACUAUUUUAUAGCUUGAAAUAACAAUAUUUCCUUAGUUAUUGAUGAUUAAUUAAGAGUGACAGUAGCUGUUUUGCACUUCUGUGGCAAUUAGCGGAUAGCACGACGUUAGCAAUCUGUCUUAGUGUAAAGUCAAUGACAUUCUUAUGAAGUUCUUU